AUGACAAAACCAUCCCUGAUACCCGCCUCCGCCCCGACGUCCCCCGUCGUCCACCGCACGAAGCAACACAACCACCCCUCCACCCCGCAGCGGCCUCUCCAUCAUUCUCUCAGUGCCCGGCACUUCGCCUCCCCCUUUACCCCAGUGACGACCCUUUCCACUCCUUACACUCCCCUCAGCCUCCGAUCGUUUUCCUCUAAUGGCUCUAGCAUUGCGACACCGGCCUCCGCCGCGGCAGCUCGCCGACGCAACCUCAGUUUGUCGCUCUCUCCAGAGGUGCACCCCAAUGCGCACGCGGCGCACAACCGUAGUCUGGCAGACAUUGCAUCGAACUGGAGGACGAGAGCGAAUGAGAACGGCAUAAAGGUGGCCCCUGGUGACGAAUCUAAGUUUUUGACCGACGACUGUAGCUUCGCAGAGCUCAGCAACUCUUCAAUAGAUGAGUCGCUUCUUCCCGCCCCCUUCCUGUCCGGCCAGCGUCGCGCUCGUGCGCUCUCCCACGCCCCUGCCCCGCUUGUUCCCGUUGCAGACAAUGUGCAGCUGGCCACUCCCAACCGGUCGUUCCGCUCUGUUGGCAUUCUCAACACCCCGCCCCCACAGCCUGGAUACCGUCUCCGUGGGAGUGUCACCGAUCCUGCCCACACCCGUCGCCGCCCUGCGUUCGAACAGACCUCGGAAUUGUACGAUAUCGACGAAGACGACUACGCACCGUACCCGCAAACGUUCUCCCCGCCUGCCCAUUCUCAGACUCUGCCUCUUUCGCUCAAUGAUCCGUUCAACACAUCAAACCUUUCGCUCUCUGCCAUCUCUCACAUAUCGGAGCCGAUCCAGUUCUACGAGACGCCACAGUACUUUCCGCCGCCGCUGCCUCGCAAGGCCUCAGCAUCAGCCACCACCUGUUCCGUCUGUGGGCUGGUGAAGGGCUCGCUUGCGAUCUUGAAGCCAUGCUCCCACCCUCUUUGUUCCACCUGCUUGACAAGCGCCCUCAAUAUCGUCGGCGAAAAGGACAUGGAAUGUGCAAUGUGUCACGCGAAGGUGGAUGCCUUUACGUUGUGCAAGGACAACCCGGAUGUUGCUGCCGUUAAGAGCCCCGCGGAGUCAAAGCUGCAGCGCAUCAUUGAAGAGUGUACAGAGUUCGAGGAGUUCGACAGCGGGAUCGGUUUACUGCCGAGCAACUUCAACGGAAGGGAGAUCGGAGAUGUAAACUUGUUCGACGACGACGAGAUCUUCAUGGAUCGCGCACAAGGCGCAUCCACUCCUGUCGCUGGCUCGAAUGCGUCGUUCACUAGCGCCAAAACCACAGACCGUGUGGUCCUGCGUAUCGAUAACGUGCCUUGGGACAUCACUCCUCCUGCGAUUGCUGCAUGGUUGAAGCACCCUGUAGAGCGUGUCCAUGUUCUGCUGGACCGCAAGGGGAAGACCUUGAGCCAUGCGUUUGCUGAGAUGGUGGACGAGGAAGCUGCGAAGGCUGCGCUGCGCACCUCUCAGAACUCGGUCCUGGGCAAGGGCAAGCGGGCUCGUGGAGUCACUGUCACUCGGAGCAGCCAAGAAGAGCUUAUGAGGGCUCUGUUCCCUUCGUGGCAAGGCAAUUUCGAUGGCUCGCGUCCUUCCCUCGCAGGCCUGGGCAAUGAACACGUCAUCUCCACUCUCCAGCGCGGUCUCAUCUCAGAGACUGAGCUGACCUCGCUUCUGCACCUCAUAAAGUCGCCCGAUAGCCACUUCCUCAAGGUCCCGUCCCUGCCGUUCUACUCGUUGAUCAGCAUUCUGUCGAAGUUUCCCGCGGACGAUGACAGCAGGGUGUUCUGGUCUGGCAAUAUACGAGAUUCCCUAUACGAAAUGACCCAUGCGGCAGUGCAAACCUUGAUGGCACGCAUUGAAGAGAAUCCUCUUUCGGAUUGGGCUACUUUGUUAAAGCAGGUUAUUCGCGUGGCUCUAGACUGCCGAGCGUUCACGUCAGAGCAGAUGGGCAAGCUGUCUGAUAUCCUCGAAGCUACUGCUCCUCAGGCUACCUCUUCCCCUCCGCAGUCGCCGCGAUCCCGAGGCUCGGCCAACAGCAGCCGACUGUCCAAUCGGAGCGGCCGCGGAGCACACUCACCCUCCAGUCUUCCGACCGAAACCCUCGGAAACCUUGCAAAAGAGUUCGGCGUUGACCCGCUUGUCGUGGAAGCGCUCGCACAACGCCUGGCUGGCGUUCAUUGAUCAUGGUGAUACCCCAAAACCUGUCCCUGUUUCACACAUGCAUUGUCCCCUGUUGUCUAGUUAUCGGACGGACCUUAAGAAGUUAACCGUAUCUUCAUCGCUUUCACAACUGGUCGUUGCAGGUUCCGGAUGUGCACCCCUCGAAGCUCUCUAAUUUUCGCUGUCGCUAUGUUGAUCGUAACGCGCUUAGAUCGUAUACUCCCCUCUCCCCUCCACCUCCGCCCCUCCCCUGAUUUCCUCUUUCCCCAAAUCCACUGUCCUUGUCGCUCUGUCGCACCGUUUGUUUUCUGCUGUGCGUCGCGUUCGAUGUCUGAU